AUGAGAAGGAAAUUAAGAAAAAGGGAGGGGGGACCCACCGCGAAUCACGCGACACAACUUUCCCCCUCCACCAUCCCGGCCAUCGUGUCGUACAACGGCCGGUUUAGCGUCUCCGGCAGCAACAACGCCAGAGCCCCUCCCGCAAUCCCGCAAGCCCCAAACACCACAAACGGGACUCGCUCCCCAAGCACCACGAUCAACGGCGCCAAUAUGGCGCCCAUCUGGGCUGCUUGGGUUGCCGACCCCAAUGCUGCAUUCCUCACCACCGUCGGAAAAAGCUCCACCACAAAACCCGAUUACACAGAACGCCCCACUGAACCACUGGGUCCCGACGCUCAACGGCUUCCUCCCGAACCUAUCCAACAAGAGCGCGGUCAACAAGUAAGCCGGCAUCUCGGCCACCGAGUUGAGGAACACGUUGAGGUUGAGGUUCGUCCCAAGGUUCACGACGUUGAGGCUCAACCCGUAGUACACGACCGAGCAAAAGAAGUUGAUGCUCACAGCCAAGAAGAGCCGGGUGCGCGUCACGCGCGAACGGACCACGGCGAGGGCGACGUUAUCCGGCAUGGGCCUCCCGUUGUCCCGGGCGAUGCUCCGCAUGAUAUUUGUCGCUUGGACGAUUUUGCCCCUGAUGAGGCACCAACGGGGGGACUCGGAGACGAACGGGAGGACGGUGAGGAGGAAGGCGAGGGAUGGGAGGGAGGUGGCGACGUAGAGGGUCCGCCAGGACGCAGUGAAGAAGGCGGCGAUUCCGGCGAGGGCGGCGAUCCCGCCAGAGAAGAAGUAGAAAGUCGACAUUCCAGCGAGGCCGCGCUUGGUGGGGCCCACGGGCUCGGUGGAGAGGACGAAAGAGCAGAGGCCGACGCCGCCGGUACUGAAGCCGGUGAGGAGGCGGAGGACGGCGUAAACGGCGUAGUUCGGGGAGAGGGCCGUGAGGCAUCCGAAGAUAGCAUUGAGGAGGCAAACAACCGAGAGGGAGCCUUUUCGACCGAGUUUGGAGUCGGAAAGGUGGCCGAAAACUCCGGCGCCUGA